GUGCCUGUCGGAUCACUUCGCUACUGUGCUGACACAAGUCACCAUCUAUCUUCUCGGCAUCUUCACUGCAUUAGAGGGAACAGCACCGGGUUGUCCUCAUGUCAUCUGACCAGGACAGCUGCUACCUGUGUAAGGAAUACCUCAGGGAUCCAGUGUCCAUCCCAUGCGGCCAUGUCUUCUGCUCCAUUUGCCUGAAGACCUACUGGGACCAUGCUGACCACACGGGUUCGUUCCAAUGCCCACAGUGCAGGGUCUCUUACAGCAAGAGGCCAACGCCAAGACGCAUGGCGGGCUCCCGGCACUCCACCCUCCCUCGCAACUCUGAAACCUUUCCACCUCCACCCCCGUCUCCUGACUACAACUACGCUGGACCCCAGGAUGUAGGGUGUGACAUCUGCAUUGGCAAGAAGCAUAAAGCCAUCAAGACCUGCCUGAUGUGUCUGGCCUCCUACUGCGAGAAGCACCUGAAGCCUCACUUCGAGUCCGCAACUUUUAAGAGGCACAAGCUGGUGGAUGAGAUCGGCCACCUGGACAGGCAGAUCUGUCCCCAGCAUCAGAAGGGUUUGGAGCUUUUCUGUCGCACUGACCAGAUGUGCAUCUGCGUGCUGUGUACGGUGAAGGAACACAAAGGUCACGACAUGGUGUCUGCCGAGCAGGAGAGGGCUGAGGAGCAGCAACGGCUGGGCUCCACCCAGGCUGAGAUCCAGGAGAAGAUUCAUGACCGACUCAAGCAGAUGGAGGAACUAAAACAAGCAGUGGACUCACUCAAGAACUCGGCCCACUUGGCGCUGCAGGAAUGCGAGAAGAUGUUUGCCGACAUGAUGCGCUCCAUCGAGAGGAUGCAGCAGGAGAUGACCAAGCUGAUCUCCUCCAACAAGAGGGCGGCGCUCAACAACGCAGAGGGCCACUUGGAGCGUCUGACCCACGAGAUCGCUGACCUGAAGAGGAGAGACAGCGAGAUCACACAGCUGUCCCGCACUGAGGACCACAUCCACUUCAUCCAGAGCUACCACAUGCUGAUCGCUCAGACAGAGGCAGAGGAGCUGCCCACAGUCACCGUCAACCCCUACUUCACUUUCGGCCCCGUGACGAAGGCCGUCUCCGAGAUGAAACAGCACUUGAAUGAAUUCAGCAAUGAUGAACUGGUCAAGGUCGCCAAGACAGUGAACAAAAUGACCUUCUGUCAACUGGACGAAUCCAAAAAGAAACGGCCAAUAAAAAGUGAUGAAGCUGUCGUGUACAAGUCUUUGCCGGUCCAGGAACCUCAGCGCAGAGAGGAUUUCCUGAAAUAUGCCUGUCAGCUCACCCUGGACCCGAACACAGCCUACAGACAGCUCCACUUGUCUCGAGGGAACAGGAAAGCUGCCCUUAAGAGAGACCCCCAGUCCUACGGUGACAACGCCGCCAGGUUUGACUCCCUGCCCCAGGUCCUGUGCAAGGAGGCCCUCACUGGAGGCGCCUACUACUGGGAGGUUGACUGGAGCGGGGAGGGGGCAGCCCUCGGUGUCAGCUACAAAGGCAUCAAGAGGAACGGCUAUGGCGACACCUGCCGCAUCGGAUACAACCGCAAGUCCUGGAGCCUGUUCUGCUCUGAUUCCAGCUACUCAGCCCGCCACAGCAAGGACCAGAUAGAGAUCAACGUGCCUUAUUCGUCUCGUAUCGGGGUGUUCCUCGACCAUGCUGGGGGAACCCUCUCUUUCUACACUGUAGGGGACAACAUGUCUCUCAUCCAUCGCUUCAAAGCCUCUUUCAGUGAGCCUGUCUAUCCAGGCUUCUGGGUUUGGUAUGAGUCGGCCAUCACCCUCCUCCAGCUGUAAAUAACACACUUCCAAUAAUCAAUGUACAACAGUGAUUCAAUAUUGUCAUGGAGAACAAAACUAUUACUACACUAUAAUGACAUGUAAUUAAUUAUUUUACAUGAUUGGAUAUGUUAUUUUUAGACUAUAGAAUAUGUGUUAAGUAUCAGGGGACCUGUUUUUAAUGACUGUGAAUAUUCUACAAAUUAACAUGUGUGGAAUCUAAGGUGUAUGAAGCAUUUAAAUUAUUUAAAACAAUGAAGGUUGUACUUGAUUGAAAUAUGUUUUGUGAUCAUUUAUAGAGGAUAGAUUACACUUGCAGCACAUGCAUAUUUUUUCUAUCAAUAAACAUUUUUAUGGCAAAGAUAAACUGUUGUAAGUUGUGUUUUUAUGCCACCCUGCUAUUCUCAAAAACGUCCCUAUGCUCCACAGGUUUAUUCUUCCUCUGCCUGCUUACCAUGAAUAAAAAACUGUUUUCAUUUA